AAUGUGGAGUGCACCACUUGGACCCACGUACAGACUGUGGAGUGCACCACUUGGACCCACGUGUAGAUUGUGGACUGCACAACUUGCCCCCACAUGAAGACUGUCGAGUGCACCACUUGGACCCACAUAUAGACUGUGGAGUGCACCACUUGGACCCACAUGUAGAUUGUGGAGUGCACCACUUGAACCCACAUGCAGAUUGUGGAGUGCACCACUUGGACCCAUGUGUAGAUUGUGGACUGCACAACUUGCCCCCACGUGUAGAUUGUGGACUGCACAACUUGCCCCCAUGUGCAGACUGUGGAGUGCACCACUUGCCCCCAUGUGCAGAUUGUGGAGUGCACCACUUGGACCCACGUAUAGAUUGUGGAGUAAUCCACUUGGAACCAGUUGGAGACUGUGCAGUAAUCCAUUAG